CGGGCGCGGAGCGGGGCCGGCGGCGCGCGGCGGGGCCAUGGCGGCGGGCGGGAGCCCGCGGGGCUGCGGGCGCUGCUAGCCACGGUAUCCAGAAAGUACCUCGCUUGUUCUCUUCGCACAAGUCCUGUUUGCCUGGGUGUAAAAUCGCGGCUCGAUGCGGAGGUUACCCUCGUGAAAGACCGUGCCGCAUCUCUGGGGACAGCGUGGUAACUGGCGGUUGACCUUUCUGUUUUCCUGGGAUCCCUCCUUUGGUGCUGCCUGACCAGUGAGUCCUUUAAGUACGCUCCAGCAGUGGUCACACAGAACCGACAAACUUAAAAACUGGAGGAGGGAAGAUGAUGUCCUUGGAUGGACCACAGAAGACAAUCAGUAACCCGAUCAUUCCAUAUGUUGGGACCAUACUUGGUGGCCUUACUCCUGGAGAGUUGAUUGUGAUACAUGGGACUGUUCCUGAUGAUGCAGACAGGUUCCAGGUGGACUUACAGUGUGGCAGCAGUGUAAAGCCUCGAGCCGAUGUGGCAUUUCAUUUCAACCCCCGCUUCAAAAGGUCUGGCUGCAUUGUUUGCAACACACUGGAGAGCGAAAAAUGGGGCUGGGAAGAGAUCACUUACGAGAUGCCCUUUCAAAAAGGGAAGCCGUUUGAGAUUGUCAUCAUGAUUUUAAAGGAUAAAUUCCAGGUGACUGUAAACAAGAAGCACUUGCUGCUCUACAACCACAGAAUUAGCCUUGAAAGAAUAGAUACUCUUGGAAUAUAUGGCAGAGUGCAGAUCAAAACUAUAGAUUUUGUUUCUAAUUCUUUACAAGGCUCUCAGCCAUCAUCUCUAGGAGUAACAAAGAUAAACACAGAAAAUGGGGAAAUGCCAGAUGGUUCACAAUUCGGAGUUCCUUACGUUGGGAAACUUGAUACUGCGCUUCGUCCGGGAUGCACAGUUGCCAUUAAAGGAGAAGUGAAUAAAAACCCAAAGAGCUUUGUGAUAAAUCUGAAAUCAAGUGGCUCGAAGGACAUCGCAUUGCAUCUGAAUCCCCGAAUGAAAAAUAAAGUUUUUGUAAGAAACUCCUAUCUUCAUGACAGCUGGGGGGAAGAAGAAAAGGAAGUUGCCACCUUUCCUUUCAGUCCAGGGAUGUACUUUGAGCUGAUCAUUUUCUGUGAUGCCCACCAGUUCAAAGUUGCUGUUAAUGGUGUUCACACGCUGGAGUACAAGCAUCGUUUUAAACAACUUGAAAAGAUAAAUGAAGUGGAAAUCGCGGGAGAUAUGAAGUUGUUAGAUGUGAGGAGCUGGUAGUUCUUUUCAAUUAGUACUAAAGGAAUUAAACCUUUUCUAAUGAGAGGGCCUCCUUGUCAGGUACAAAGAGGUGCUGAGCCUGCCUUUUACCUAUCUAGGCUUGUGUCUGCCUCUCGGAGCUGGGCGCUCACCAGACCUGUAGCUGCGAGAUUCAACCCUCCUCUACUUUACAGUAUCCUGGCAACCUAAAUAAGCGUUUGCUCAGAUAAAUCUCCCAUAUUACUGAACCUAGCAAUAUGAAAAUGCUGCAUUGUACUGUGUCUAACAAUUGCACUCAGUAUGUUUAAGUUAAACUACUACUCGGCUUUCCUUGAUAGCGUACAUUCAAUAUUGUGAAGUAGAAAGGAGACUGAAAUAGGAUCCAAAGAUACGGUUAUCGGCCUGAAAAGGGCCCUGGGUAAUUCAUUUUAAAUAGUUAUGAAAUAUACUCUUCUAUUUAGUUUAUAUUAGCAACUGUAAGCUUUUUACUGAGGAUGGAUGAAGCAAACUGUUGACUCAUUAGUUACAGCAAAAGGCAAGGAGGAAUGUGAUCUUACUUCUUAGCCUGCUGCUGCAGUAGUACCUUCUCUGACACUCACGGCUGUCACCUCCUGCUUGUAAGUGGCUUGAAUGAAACAUAGAGCACCACUCCUAGCUUUCAGUUUUCCAAAGUGAAACAAGUGUGAACUUUUGGAAGCUUGGUUGCUCUGAAAUGGCUCCUAACCCGAGCAGAUGGUGGUGGUUUUCAUUUUUUCUAAAAGGAACCCAAGUACUCCAGGCAGGGGUGCAAGUCGUCAGUUGAAUAGAGAAUGAAUCCUUUUUCAGUCUUGUAUUGAAGUAGUAUCUAUCAGAGACCGACUGUUCCUAUUCAAUCAGUUUUCUGUACAAAUGUCAGUCUUAAUUUUUAUACUUAAAAAAAAAAAUAAGUUGCUACUGGCUGUCAAUACAUGCCUAAGGGACGUUCCUGUUUAUCUUAACUGCUGCUAAAAGAGUGAAACACUUUCAACAAUGACUGUUUAAGAUGAACUACCAGAUUUAAUGUAUAAAAAAGCAUAAAUAAAUACAUUUGUGAACUCUG